AUGACUCAGCAAUCGCAUUCCUCGCCAAUGUCCAUUACACAGCUGUGUAAUUCCGAAGACAAGCCCAUUGUUACAGCCAAUGGAGUAGACGAGAAUGAUCCUGAUGUUCAAUUGGCAGUAGAAGCUCUUGGGGAUAUGGCUAAAGUUACCCUCCCACCUUUGAUGACACACCAACAGCAGCAGCAACAACAUCCAUCAGCUCCUUCAACAACACCAAGUUCACCUCUUCCAACACCCACCACGUCAUCUCUUUCCAAUUCACGCUUUUCUUUCUCAAGUGAUUCUUCGAUUACAACCCAAGACGAUGAACAAUAUCCACCACGAGCAUUCAUGAAUCGUAUGUCAGAUUUGCCUCUUGUGAAUUCAGCUCUACGUGCAUACGAGAGCGGGAAUGGAGCUAUCAAAUACAGCGUUGACAUGGUCGGAUCAUUUGCAGAUAAAUUUGGAAACAGCAGUAGUCGCCGCGGCUCAUCUGCUAGCUCAGUCGAGGAGGCAUCAGAAGACGAGGCUGCUCUGGCAGCGGCCAGUGCUCUUGCAAGAGCUUCACUUUCAGACAACAAUGAAGGAUUCAGGAGGCGACGUCCCGAUGAAGAUGCACGUGAUGAUAAAUUACACAAGAAACGCCCUACUUCUCGUUCUACAUCGCCUCUUCGACCCUACGCCCUUGCUCCAAAAUCAGCUUCAGGUCCACGCCACCAUCAUCCUCAUGCUUCGCUUCCAAGAAGUCGAUGGCAACAACUCAUGGUGCAUGCUGGCUCUGCUGCGGGUACUACAGCUGCCGUCAUUAGCGAAGAAAGCAUGAAAUGUCUCCGAUAUUGCCUGAGUUGGCUACAGUAUGCAAUCCGACACAUUGAAAGACAAAUGGAUAUUGUGCGUAACUACUUGGUGUCGCUUGCUUCUUCCAAGGAUACGAAAACCGUUUCCACGACAACAUCAUCAUCAACGCUAUCCAAUGUGAAAAAGGAAAUUGUGGAUACACUACGCAAGGUGGUAGAAGUGGUGAGUCGAUAUGCCGGAUCGGGGCUUCCGGAACAAGCCAAAGCAAGCGUACGCCGUUUUAUCUUGGCACUCCCUGGUCGUUGGGCUACGAUUCAAACUUCAACCACGGCAUCACCUGCAUCAUCGCCUGCUUUGGGACCUCAUGUACAGCCUCAUGCUCAAGAAACAUCUAUCAAGUUGUUGACGUUUGGUGAUGAGUCCAUUGAAAUGUUGCGUUCUGUCUCUGGUGUCUUUUCUGAUACAAUCGAUCGUGCUGAAUUAUGGAUUCAUCGAUUGCGUGUGGUGGGUGUGGCAGGUCCGUCAGCUCGUCGACGUCCACAAAAGAACGUUGCUUCAUCAUCAUCACCACCACCAUCAUCGUCGUCUGGUAGUAACAGCCCUCAACAUGAACAAGAUAAAGAUGUCAUGAUGGACACUUCUAGUUGA